CAAAAAUGACUUGACCAAAGUUUCUUUUUCUUCUCAGAUAAGUCAACAUGGGGGCAUAUAAGUAUAUGCAGGAGCUAUGGCGUAAGAAGCAGUCCGACGUGAUGCGCUUCUUGCUCCGCGUCCGCUGCUGGCAGUACCGUCAGCUGUCCAACCUCCACCGUGCUCCCAGACCCACCAGGCCAGACAAGGCUCGCAGGCUGGGCUACAAGGCCAAGCAAGGCUACGUGAUCUACCGUAUUCGUGUGCGCCGUGGAGGUCGUAAACGCCCCGUGCCCAAAGGUGCUACCUAUGGCAAACCAGUGCAUCAUGGUGUCAACCAAAUCAAGUUCGCCCGCAGCCUGCAGUCCAUCGCUGAGGAGCGUGCUGGCCGUCACUGCGGUGCCCUGCGAGUGCUCAACUCUUACUGGGUGGGCGAGGACUCCACCUACAAGUUUUUCGAGGUGAUCCUGGUCGAUACCUUCCACAAGGCCAUCAGACGCAACCCAGACACCCAGUGGCUCACAAGAGCGGUGCACAAGCACAGAGAGAUGCGUGGCCUGACAUCGGCGGGUAAGAAGAGCCGCGGCCUGGGUAAGGGCCACAAGUUCCACCUGACCAUUGGAGGCUCCCGCCAUGCAGCCUGGAAGAGGCGCAACACCCUGCAGCUGCACCGCUACCGUUAGAGCGUGCCAGGCAUGCCUGUACAUUUACAAAAAUAAACAGCUCUUUUUAUGGGGGUGA